AUGGAUUGGUUUAAAUUGUUCACUCUUCUUGUAGCUGUUGCUUCCAUCUCUGUAAAGGCAGAUGGACCUAAGAAAAAGAUCCGCAUACAUCUACCACAGAAAGUGAAGCAUAUCCACCAUCAUAAGAAAAUAUACAUAACGAACCACCCUGCGUCCUCACAAUAUGCUCCGGCCUAUAUGCCGAGUGCCGAGGGCACAGUGGCGGUACCUACGAACGUUUUGCCAGUUAUGGCAAAUCUUGUACCAAUAAACUCCGUGGAUCUUUACGACGAAACUCAACCACGACUGCCCAAUAUCUCACCAGCAGCUUCGCAGCUCUUACCUUUGUACCAUGCUCGUGGAUACUACGGUCCAACCCCAGCUGGUAUAGAUGAAUCAGAUUACGAUACGGUUCCUGAGCCAGCUGAAUAUAUUUCCUCAUCUUUUUCAUCUCCGAGCGCGGGACAUCCUUCUAGUCAUCCUCCUAAGCGAGUAAAGAUUAUCAAAAUUAACGAACAACCUCGUAAAAAAGUAAUACGAAAGGUAAAGCCAAAACGAGUAGUUAUACGGAAUAAGCCUCAACCCCCUCCGCCAUCAGAGGGCGAACAUCCAGUAUCGACUUUUCAUGAACAAUUUUAUUCAGACAUUGACGGCUCUGGAACAAUAAGGAAAAUAAGAAAGCCUCCACGAGUAGAGAAAAUCGUGGAUGGUGACACAGAACAUAUUCAUACCUACAGCGAGGAACAUAUACAUAAAGUCAUACUGAAUGAUGGUCCAAAGAUUGGUAAUGUUGUUAGUGUUGAUCAUUUUAAUGGAGUAACUGGAAUUUCUGCUGGUCAAGGGAUAAUACCGUUUAAAAAUUCUCAAACUUUAAUAGCCAUACCGUCCCACUCUUUUGGUAAUAUAGGAUCUGUCGGUUCCUUAGGAAAUACGGGUCACUUUGAAUAUGCUGCAUAUAAUCCUCGCGAAGUUACACAUGAUCAUAUAUUUCAUGAUCAUGGAGAAAUUUCUUCAGAUAUAGAUUUAAACAAGGACUCUUUUGGUUUGCCACCUAAAGUUUCAUAUAAUAGUAAUGGCUUGAGAAUAAGUGGUUCACAAAAAAGACAUAAAAUCAAACAUUCUCAAAAAAGCAAAAAGAUUGCUAAGCCGACAUCGAAUGAUUUCUCUUACUAUGAGAGCAUUUAUUCUCCUAGCAGUAGACCAAAUAAAAUACAGAGGCCCUCAUUGACCGUACCUUCGUUCGAAGUUUCUGGUGAGGCAAACUUUGAAGAUUAUAGGCCUAUUCCCGAUUUUGGAUACAAAGAAAAUAAAAAGCCUCGUAAUUCAGUAGCCACAUAUUAUGGAAAAUCAUCAAAUGAUUAUCGACUGCAACAAGCAAGUGCUCCAGCUCCAUUUUCUGUGUCAUCGACCGUAGUACACGAAUAUAAACCUAAAAGAUUUUUGGGAUCAGCUUCUGCACCUUCAAGCUUAUCAAAAAUUAGAGACCCGUUCGCUAAUUUCAAAGAUACAUAUGCAAAUAACUUUGAAUACGACACGUAUGCUUCCUCAUCAAAUGUUUAUGCUUCUGAAGAUAAAAAUGACGUUGGCUUUUCGAAUCAAAGUAAAGGGAAGGGAAAUAAAAAGUCAAUAUCAACCCAAAACAUUAGAUUUGGCAACCAAGAUCAUAUAACAUACGUUGAUCAUUUGGAAGAUGAAAGUUUUGCAGGCGACUUUGACAGCGAUGGCCCAACAGCUUUAGAAAAUGUCGAUCAAUUUGAUCAAUCACAAAAUAGUGAAUCAGUGACAACGGGAGCGUACACGAUAAAAGACUCUUCUUCAGCCCACCAGUAUUACUCUAUGAUGGCUGCGAAGGCUCUUCAAAGUGAACAAAUAUCUGUGCCUGAAGCUUCCAAUGAUAAUUUUCAAUACGCUGAAGCGCCGACUCCUUCAACGACAGAGUUUACAUCUUUAGCGACCUCUGUCAUACCUAGUUCAAAUAUUUACAGUUUUCAAAGUACAGAAAAUCCCCACACCGAAUCUCCCAAAUACAUACCUGAGAUAAAAUCGAGUAAUAGGAAUAAAGAGGCGUCUCGUCAACCGAAUUAUAGCAAAGUCCUCUUGGAACCUAGGAAUCGUUUUAUGAUAAAAGAUAUUCAGGCUCCAGCGAGAGAUUACAGAACAAGAGCGAUACAAAGCCAAGAGUCGGCUCGAUCACAGGAUGAAGAGGCUGCGACCGUAAGAGGAAAACUUAAAUAUGGUGAUAAAAUUUAA